AUAUUAUACUAACAAGAAAUGCGAGCUCCUCAGUCACUGAAGCAACAAUUUCUGAAAAAAUGGAUGAUGGGUCUUCAAGUAUGUGAUUCUGCAAAGCAAAACAUGAGCAUCUUAGAAAGAAAGAAAGCAAUAAAGCUAUCCGCAGACAUUGCCAUAGCUUCUACAAGAAACUCCAUGACAAAAUGGAGUCGUGCAAUUAUGGAGAAAGCUUUAAGAGACAACAAUAAUGGCAAUAAUAAAAUUGUUGACCUUGUGUUAGCUUUUAAUAAUAAGAGGCCGACGAUGAUAAGACCUAAUAAUAAUAAUAAUAAUAAGAGGGUUAGAAGCAAGAAAAUCUUGAAGAAGAUUCAUCGCUCGAGAAAGCUGAGAAGAAAUAGUGUAGCUCCUCAAAUGGGUUUGGCUAAAUCUCUUGCAAGAAAGAUUGUGAAGAAAAGAACUCAGGUGUUAAAGAGUCUUGUACCAGGAGGUGAAUUCAUGGAUGAUAUAUCUUUGAUUGAAGAAACCCUAGAUUAUAUAAUGUCGCUUCGAACUCAAGUUGAUGUAAUGAGAACUCUUGCUAAAGCAACAGAGAUAAUCCAUGGUAAAUAGAAGCAUCAAUUAAUGGAGAAUUAUGAGUACUAUCUUUUAUUUAAAUAUAUAUAUACUUUUUAAUUCUGUAUUUCUUUUUUUUUUUUUUUGGAAAAAUUAGAUGAAGGAAAGAUUAUGAGAAGCUAGCUAGUUGCAGUAGCUUAAGCAUGUACAGUUUGAGUUAAGCAUUUUUAAGUGAUCAAUGUUAUUCGGUCUCUUUAAUUAUUAGUUUAUUGUUUCC